GAAAGGAAAACCUCAAGCUCCAAACAGGACAAUAGGCUCUGUAAGUAGUCCAUAUAAUUUGUGCAUUGUGUAUGUUUUAUUUAUAAAGAGUCAUUCCUUUAACAGAACUGAUGUUUUGUUGCUCCACACAGAUGUGAUCCCCACUAGGAUUUUGCCAUUUCCAUCACUGUAAUGAUCUUCCUUUAUAAACCCUUACAUGAGUUUAUGAAGCACAAGCAUUUGGGAGGAAAGCAUAUCACACAAACAACACCUACCUAUGUCUCUUAGCAACAUGUGAAGGAAAGAAAGAAAGAACAAUGGGGGUUUAUAGUAUGCUAUGCUUAUGAAUACUGUAGAGGCCUACGGUAUCCAGUAAUGUGACAGAACUGUGUUUCAAGAGUUCACACUUACAAAUAAGUCAGCUGGUAUGUGUAUUUGUCGUGCAGUCUAUCCGAGGAGAGGGCUCCAAGCUCAGGUUUUGGCCCAAACCCAGAGUUUUACCCAUGCAUUUCUAGUUAGGAAGUAAUGAAAAAAGUGAGGAGGAACACGGGUGAGUCGACUGUGUUUCUAUAUAGGCUGACUGCUGGUUACAUUUACAUGAUAAUUUGGUAGAUUAUUUGAAAGUUUUCCUCUCUUAUUUUGUUAUGAAAACAUAAUGAAUCAUUAAACUUUAAAGGGCAACAUGAGAUCCCUUGCUGAUGUUGACCCUCAGUCAAUUUAGUUCCGUUUACAAGCCCCCUAAAAAGGCAGCGUUACGCACUAGAAAGACAGCAUUAAAAUCUUGCCCCUUGUUAUUUAUUCCAUUUAAUUUGUUCAUCAUCUAGAAAGGAGAACUUAUUAUCUUUGUAAUAUUUUCACAGUUUUAUGGGUUCCUAUGGGCUAGGAAAAAUAUGCUAAUUAGCAUAGACCCCCUGAUAGCAAUAAGCUCUGGGGCGGAUCCGUAACAGAACCGCUCCGAAGUCGGCAGCUCUGGUCUGGAUCUGUUGCAUGAAAUAACAUAAUAACAUGCAUGAAGUGUUUUUUAUCCAAAAUUUCCUAUAUAAGAAGGCAUUAUGCUUGGUUGCCACUAUUUGAUCCAGAAAAUAUUUCUAGGGGCAGAUUUAUUUUAAAAAGUCAGUUUCUGGGUGUCAUGCUUUCCUAAUUGGACAUUUAAGUAAUUGCUCAUCUCUUAUUUAAGAGCUUAUUUAACUUAACAGUAGAUUAUAUUGGAGCAUGCUGUCAUAAAGGGCAUCCCUAUUAAAUAACUUACAGAAUAUUUGCUUUAUAGCUCAGUUUGAAGCAGUUAAAUAAUUAUGAAUCAUACUUAAUGAACUGCAAAAUUGGUAACAUUAUAUAUAAAGUGUCAUUUAUAUAAAAGCUGCACCUGCCCCCAAAUCCAUUCAUUGUGACAACCUGCCCCGUGUAUUUCUCUACUAGGCCUACGUGUGGUGCACAAAUACACACCUAUAGCGUUCAAACGACCACAAUCCUCCUUUAUUCAUUCAAACUCAUAAAUCUUUCUUCUCCCCAGCCUGUGAUGUUCUUCUUUAUCCGUGAUGAAACUCUCUGUUGCCUGUUGAGCUCGUUCGCGUCGGUGUGGUGGGCGCGCAUGCAUGUUAUGAAUGUGAAACGAUAAAUUAACUUUGACACGAAGUAUUUCAUCUCAUAAAUGCCGUUCCACUGAGACGAAUAAUUUACAUCGGUGAGUCAUUUAAGAGUUUGGAGAGGAUUUUUGAGAAGAUGUCAGUGAGGUUUGUGUUAAACUGUCACAUGAGGUCUGAUGUCAUACGGGACGCGCGCACAGGCAGCGGCUCCGGUAAGCUGGCACUCAUCAAUUGAACAGCAGCGGGCCAAAGAAAUCAGCGCAUUGCGCACACACAGCUUUUGAUGUUGGGAUAAAACCUGUGGAUUUUCAUAUCAAUCUGGCAGGUUGCAGCUGGAAAUAAGGAGAUGGACAGCAACGUGGUGCAAAUCUUUAAAGAGGACAAAUGUCCCUCUGCUCACCCCGAAAAGUGUUUACCCAACUUCACGUGGCAGUCUGUCGUCUCGGACAUGUAUAACUAUUCAGUAAAUGAAACCUGGACGAGUGAACAGGAAACCAUGUCUCCCAUCAUUCCCAUUAUCGCUGCUGUCUACUCUGUGGUGUUUGUUGUUGGACUCGUGGGAAACUGCCUUGUAAUGUAUGUCAUCAUCAGGUACACUAAAAUGAAAACCGCCACCAACAUUUACAUCUUCAACCUGGCAGUGGCUGACGCUCUGGUAACCACCACCAUGCCCUUUCAGAGCACAGAUUACCUGCUCAACUCAUGGCCAUUUGGAGAGGUUGUGUGCAAGGUUUUCAUCUCCAUCGAUUAUUAUAACAUGUUCACUAGCAUCUUCACCUUGACCAUGAUGAGUGUUGACCGCUAUGUGGCGGUCUGUCACCCUGUGAAGGCUUUGGACUUCCGCACUCCGGUGAAAGCCAAGCUCAUCAACGUCCUCAUCUGGGUCCUGUCCUCCGCUGCUGGGAUCCCGGCAAUGGUUCUUGGGAGCACUCAGACAAACAAUGGCACUACAGAGUGUGCUUUGCAGUUUCCAGACCCAUAUAUCUACUGGGAUACACUGAUGAAAAUCUGCGUCUUUAUCUUUGCCUUCGUGGCCCCUCUCCUCAUCAUCACUGUAUGCUACACUCUCAUGGUCCUGCGUCUGAAGAGCGUACGUCUGCUCUCGGGCUCGCGCGAGAAAGACCGCAACCUGAGGCGCAUCACCCGGCUGGUGCUGGUUGUGGUCGCCGUGUUUGUGGUCUGCUGGACACCCAUACACAUCUUCAUCCUGGUCAAAGCUCUGGCGACCGGAGUGCCCGAGACCACCGCCGUCAUGGCUGCCUACUUCUUCUGUGUGGCGUUGGGCUACACCAACAGCAGCCUUAACCCCAUCCUGUAUGCGUUUCUGGAUGAGAACUUCAAGCGCUGCUUCCGGGACUUCUGCUGCCCGGGCCGGACUGCAGGGGACGGGCACGGGGUCAGCCGGGUGAGGAGCACUCUCCGUGAGCACACGUGCCCCGCCGAGGGCAAAGGCGAAGGAGGCCACGGAAGACCUGUAUGACUAGCCGUGGAGAUGUCUUCCUUUCAUGGUCGGGAAGACUCAAAUGACCUGGGACUGACACAGAUAACCACUGCCAUCUGAGGAGGGUCUCAGAGUAGAUUAAGAGCCCAAUAUAAUUAAAGCAAAAUGAAGGCUUUUCUUGUAUGGCUGGAGUUUUAGGUUCUUAUCAACUUAUACAAGCAUUUGUUAUUGUUUUCUUGAGUUAUGUCAUACUUAAUGACCAGGAGGAGUAAUGGACCAAAGAUGGUGAAUAAUAAAAGUCCCCUUACAUUAAAACCUCUAUCAUCUCAGUGCAUGAUGGUAUCUGCUCUGGGCCUAAAUAUGAGUAACUCAUUAGUCUAAAAUAUGUUUUAUGUAAGUUGACACUGUAGCCUAAAAACAGAAAGUGGACAUUUACAUCUAGAUGUUUUUAUCCAAAGUGACUUACAAAUGAGAGAGCAUUUAAUAUUUUGUCAAUGAGCAACAGACAAAACAAUGUUUGUAUGCAUUGUAAAUGGUCACAAAAGCUUUUAUUUUGGAUUGUGCAACGGUCCUAUUUUAAAUAAAUGAAGUGUUAUCACUCAGGAAACUACAUAUCUUUAAUGGGCAAAUGUGUUUUUGAGAGGGAUAAAGAUAAACAAGCCUGCUCCAAAAGAAAAUGGCAUAAAGUAAAUAUGAAUUACGUCACAUAUAGUUGAUUUAAACCUACACAUAUAUUCUUUAUAUUUGAUUUAUGUUAAAAAAUCAUGUAAACUGUAUGAGUUGCCUUAAGUCAAGCUUAAGUCUAGUUCAUACUGUCCUGAGAAACAUCAACAGGGACACACCCUUUAGGUUUUGGUUGGGUUUAGACCUAUCAAUACCCUAUUUAUUCACCAGGUGUGUUUUAAAAUGUUGGUAUUGUUUGCCAGUGUGAACUAGUAGCAUUAUGGAGUCAUAAAUGUUUAUAUUAACAUGCACUCUCAAAAUGUUUAUUUAUAACCCAACGGUUCAACAUUUUUUAGAGUGUACGGUAAGUAUAAUCAUAUUUCAUAACAUGUAAAUAUUAGUGUCUGUGAAAAAACAGCAAAUGACAUUUUUGUGCUUUUGGGCAUAGGGCUUUAAAACAACUGACUGAAGGACUGAAGUUACUUACAGUAGUCAGGUUUUUCAAAAUACUACAUCAUUUCUUUGAAUCUAAAAAAAAGAUGUACAUUUUUAAUGCAUGUUUAAUCUUUGAGUAGAAUAAUGUUUAUGUAUAUUACACAAUAUGAUACGGUUAGAAGUAAUUGUUGUGAUAAAACGAAAUUAUUUAUCAUAAUGUAAAAAGCAAAACACUUUACACAAAAUAUACGUGGCAGGUGUGGUAUGCAUACCUCUUGUAAUAAUACUUUUAAUGUGAAAGUUGAUUUUUUGUUGAAAGUUUAGGUUGAUAAAGUUGAAGCAUUUCUAAUGUUGCCUUUUGGUGAUGUGUAUUCACAAAGCAAAAAAAAAAAAACAACUCCCGACAACAUAUUUCUUUUAGGUUAACUGUGUUAAGUGUGGAAGACUGUGUUAAGACUGGAUGAGAUCUGUAAUUAUUCACUUAUAUAAAGAUAUAGAUUAUGACAUCACCAGUACUCUUUUGUCAUAGCAGUAUUAGCAAUUAAUUGCAAAUUUGUGAAAAAUGUAAUGACCUUUGUGCCUUUGGUUUUCAUUGUUAAUUAAUAUGAAUGACAUUAUUGCUUACAUGCCACAUAUUUGUUUAUCUAUAAUGCUUUAUCCAGGACAUUAAAUGCAGAAAGACAAAGGCUUCUGAUACUUUCAUUGUUGUGCUUGUACUAUAAUUUAACAAAAGAUCUGGAAAAUAAGUUUGGCGCCCAGCUUGUGAUUUAAUAUGUGCACUUUUUGUAAUCGAUUGAAAUGAGCUUGCUUGUAUAAGAUUACUUGUAUUUAAAAAUGAUAUUGUCAAUUAAUAAAAGAAGACUGGUGAGUGCUGA